AUGCCAUUUACAGACUUUUUAGCGGCCCUGAAAGACAAUCCCUACUUCGGGGCUGGGUUUGGCCUGGUUGGUGUUGGUACGGCUCUGGCUUUGGCCCGGAAAAGUGCCCAGCUUGGCAUGGUCGCCUUCAGGAGGCAUUACAUGAUAACGCUUGAGGUGCCCAGCAAAGACAAGAGCUACCAAUGGUUGUUGAGCUGGAUCUCCCAUCAUGCUAAGCGGACGCAGCAUCUGAGCGUUGAGACUUCAUAUCUACAGCACGAAAGUGGGAGAGUCAGCACCAAGUUUGACUUUGUCCCCAGUCCUGGGAACCACUUCAUCUGGUACAAAAAUAAAUGGAUUCGCAUUGAGAGGAACCGAGAGAAGCAGAUGAUUGACCUGCACACAGGUACACCAUGGGAGUCCGUCACCUUCACCGCUAUAGGGACCAAUCGUGAUAUCUUCUUCAACAUUCUGCAGGAAGCGAGAGAACUGGCACUGCGACAGCAAGAAGGCAAGACCGUCAUGUACACAGCCAUGGGCGCGGACUGGCGGCCGUUUGGGUUUCCGCGUCGAAGAAGGCCAAUAACCUCUGUAGUGCUGGAGGAAGGAAUUUCUGAUAAGAUUGUUCAGGAUGUGAAAGGAUUCAUCAACAACCCCAAGUGGUAUAUAGACCGAGGAAUACCCUACAGAAGGGGCUACCUGCUCUACGGACCUCCGGGUGUGGGAAAAGCAGCUUUAUGCACGGCGCUGGCAGGAGAGCUGGAGUACAGCAUCUGUCUGAUGAGCCUUAGUGACAACAGCCUCUCCGAUGACCGCCUCAACCACCUGCUGAGUGUGGCCCCGCAACAGAGCAUUAUUCUGCUGGAGGAUGUGGACGCUGCUUUCGUAAGCCGUGAUCUGGCCAAGCAGAAUCCAACUGCCUAUCAGGGUAUGGGACGCCUGACCUUCAGUGGUCUGCUAAACGCCCUGGAUGGGGUGGCCUCUACUGAAGCUCGAAUUGUUUUCAUGACUACAAAUCACAUUGACAGGUUGGACCCAGCAUUGAUUCGUCCAGGUCGUGUGGAUGUAAAGCAGUAUGUAGGACAUUGCACGCGGUGGCAGCUGGCACAGAUGUUCCUGCGCUUCUACCCAGAUCAGACACACCACACACCGCAGAGGAGUUUUCAGACUCGGUUCUGUCGGCCUCAGACAAGAUCAGCGCGGCCCAGGUCCAGGGUCACUUUAUGCUGCACAAGAAUGAUCCAAGGGCUGCUAUAGAGAACGUCAGCUCCAUAGCCACAUGA